GGCUCAUUGCUUUUACGAUUCAGUGUUAAUCAAGUUGAUGUCUCUCAAUCGUUCAGUCAGUGCCGUUCAAUCUCAGUGUAUCUUUGUCUUGAUCUGUGUCUCCAUCUCCGCCAGCCUCUUGUCCAUCUGUGUCAGUCGCUCCUCCAAGCGUCCGUCCAUCGCCUGCAAGACUGAAAUACGGGCCCGCACAGACACAGCGAGACACAGUGCUGCGUGGUUUUUCUGCAUGCCUCAGCUUCGCCUCACCCGCCAUGAUGUCAGGAGAGGUCGCGUUAUGGGAAUUCGCUGCCCUGAUCCAUCCAUCGAUGACCUCCGUCGAUACGUCCAACGUCGGGACUCUAGCAGCUCGGUGACGCCGGCGCGCAGCUUCCGCAGCUUGCGAACCACCGGACUGACCUUUCGAAGCUUCCUGGCAGGCCUGAGUCAGACAGCAGAGUGGAUUGCUUAGGUUUUGAUCUCUCCCCUUCCCUACUUGGAUUGCAAACACUAUGAAGAAGAAGAGUACGCCAAAUGGGAAUAGAGUGACGAGCAUGACGGUGUUCCACAGACGCUUCAAGAGCGAGUCUGCUGGCUGGGAGAGGCAGGGGUAGUAGCAACCGGUACCACUAUCAGUCGAAGCUCCAGCAUUCAGCACAUAUUCCUUGUCAAGGAGCACGUGUAGCAGCCGUUCGGGAGCUGAGAGGAUCCAAUCGGGUGUGAAUGCCACGGUGAAGAGGAGCGCAUCGAUGAGGGCAUACAGAACCACCAUGGACCAAAAGGCAAUGCGGCAGACUGUCGACUGCUCACGCCGUUCUCUGCUUAUGAGAGAGGCCAGAUAUCGCAAGGGGGCCGAUACAACGAAAGCUGCAUAGUCCAUGGUGCCAUGAGCGUGCCGAGCAUUUUGAAUCGCAUUCUCAUUCUUAUAUAUUGGUGAACUGACCGACGAGGUUGAAUGGCGGCGGCAGCCGCUCGUGGAGCGGCAUUGUGAGGUAUUCAUUCAACACGCGAAUGCGCAGCAGCCUGGACAAAGCCAUAAAGCCUCUGCCAGUCUCAUCACCGCCUGGUCGUCUUGUUUCGCUUACUGGUACUGCGCGUUCUGUGUCUCCUCGAUCGCUGAAUACGUUGAUGCCUGACACACACACAGAGACAUUCGAUCGAAACAAUCCGGUGGCACAAUCAAUUUGUAUGGCGUGCGUCUCACCAUGAUGGCGAUGAGCAGGUUGAGCUAUUGAUGCAAGGACAAAAGAUAAGGAAUGGGGGCCUUGUAUGUGCAGAGUAGUAUGGCAGAGGCUCACGAGUAUGAUGGACGAGAGGAUGAUGUAGGUGAACAGCAGCACAGCGCCCAGCGUGUCGUGGGUCUCUAUGGCGUUGUUCAACGGGCCGUCGAAAUUUCCCAGGCCGGCGUAGAAACUGCACAACGCAAAGACGCGACAUGACCACCGUCGAGUGCGUAUCCUCAUGACCCCCCAUACAGUGUGAGCAUGGCUUUGUCGUAGGAGGCGAAGUAGUCACGGUCUUCGUCGGACGAGAGGAUGGUGAAGACGCCCGCGAAGAUCAGCAGGAUGUAGGGGUACAGCAGCAGAAACAUCCGGAUGUCAGACAGCAUCCUCACCACAGCUCUGACAGGUCAACAGGAGAGACACAGUGACAUAGACACGAUAGACUCUCUGUGUCUGUGCUCACAGGAUGAGCGGUCCGACGGUUGGAUGCAGACUGGCCGUUUGUAAGAGGCGCAGGGCAAACAAGGGGCGAUCACUAUUGCUGAGCCGACCUCAGCUUCCGCCCCCAGCCGAUGAAGUAAAUGGCGAUGAAAGCGGCGAUAGACGCGCCACUCGCGCAAUCAAGCCAGUUCCUGCAUGCUCGCGGCGAGAGCAUUGGCAGAUAGAGCCCAAAGGUGUGAUGGCGGUCAUCUGGUGCGUACCAAGAGUCUUUCCAGUACGAUCCUCCCAGGCGGAAGGCCUAUCCCGUGCACAAAUAGAAGCUGAUCCAGAUCUGUUUUUUGGAAGUCUCGGUUUACCUGGAAAAUCUCGAGUAGAAUAAAUCCAGAUCCAGUGGCCAGCACAAUCCACAGCCACACGGACUUGUCCACUGCCGCGAUCGUCAUGCCGCUGUCUCCUUUGAUGCUCUUGGUGUAGAGUAGCACAGAGAAGAUCCUACAGACAAGACAAUGGCGCGUCUCUCCUGGCCUGCAGUGGCUUGUGCGUGCACUCUUACAGAAGGAGCAUUGAAAACACGCGGCUGAAGAAGGAACUCCGAGGUGAGAACUCCGUCCCGAGAAGCUUCAUCAUCGUCAGAGGCUCCUUUGCUUCCAGUGGAAGAAAGCUUUCAUAGAUCCGCUGCCAGUGGUGUGUGACGAGAGACACGCAGUUUGCUGUCUCAACAGCACAAAAAGGGAGCACAUGAAGUAAGAGCCGAACGGAGAAAAAUAGCCCCAUUUGUACCUUGGGUGACCACUGUCAGCGGCUCGGCGGACUCCAGCAGCUUGAUGAACUUCUCCUCGCUGCCCUUGAGUGAGUCGCGAAAUUCUUUUUCUCCUGUUCCCGUGCAAAAGCCCGUUACGAAUGCCUGAACCAAUGCGGAAGUGCAAAACGAACACUGAGUGACGUUCGAAGCUGUACCUCGGACCAGCCAGCCGUCCCCUCAAGGUCGUCGGUGAGGGAGUCUUUGGGUCGUGACUGCAUCAGGUGACGGAAGACGGAACAAGACUGAAGACUGUCGAGGCCGGGUGACGCAACGCGCUUCCUCAAGAACGCCUUCAUUGCAGGCACGACCUCCUGCAGGACCUCAGGCUUCACCACUCGAUCGACCUUUUCGCCACUCGUCCCCAGCAGUUUCAGGGUCACCUCUCCAGCCACACCAACCAUCACAGCGACGACUUUGGGCUUGUCAAGGACAAGAUCGAGAGGAGGCUUUCCAUCCUGUCAGAAUCACGAGCAGGGACGACUUUGAUACGAAGUCUGAUGCGUGUGGUGCAGCUUACAUUGUUCUUGAUCUUCAGCAGGUCUGGCUUCACCUUCAAUACCAAUCCCACCGCUUCAGCACGGCCAUCCCCUGCAGGAGAGCACAAAGCGACACGUUGAAGCCUCACGGUGGCUGAGUGCACAAAGAGGCUGACGUGCUGCGUGAUGAAGAAGCGUCCAACCAUCCUGAAUGAGAUCAUGGAAGAGACACUGGGUGGUUCAUGCGCCAUUUGAGAAGUCUUCACUCUUACCUUGUCCUGGCUUUCGAGGGCAUCCAUAUUGCCGCUUGACUUGAGAAUCUCUAUGACCAUGUCGCCGGCCGCGUCAAGCACCGCAGCCAUGACUUUCGGCUCCGUGUUCUCGAAGAAGGCAACAUCAAUAGGCGUCUUUCCGGCCUGUACACACAGUCAUGAGCAGGGACACUGUGACAGAGAAUUGUUGCCCUGUCGCUUACGUUAUCCUCCUUCUCGAGGAGGUCUGGCUGCAUCCUCAGUAUCAAAUUCACCAUCUUAACAUUCCUCUGCCCUGCAGGAGAGCGCAAAAGAGGCGCUGAGAAGUGCUGCACUUGUGGCAUUAUCUAUCUGCAGGACUGCAAAAAUGACUGACGUGCCGCAAAAUGAAGAGGAUUGCGUCCGUCCUGAAUACGGGUGAGGAAGACACUGGCUGUGUCAUGUACGGUUGAGAGGUUUUGAUCGGGUAAAGUGUAUCUUUUACCUUGGCCACAGCUUUCAGCAGCUCCUUUCCUCCCAAGUCGAUGAGUUUCUCCACAGUAUCACCGAGGUUAUUCUCUGCUGCCGAAUGAAGAGGCGUGUAGCCCCUCUGAAUCAGAGCAUGAAAGAGACACAUGCUGUUCAAUGCAUCAGUCGACAUUCCCUCGUCCUUACGUUGUCCCGAGCUUCCAGCAGCUCCUUUCCGCCCCUCUCGACAAACUUCUCCACAACACCAACUGACCCGUGCUUCGCUGCAAAAUGAAGAGGCGUGUUGCCAUACUACAGACACAACAUGAAAAUAGGAAAGAAGGCAUUGGUCGGUUGAUACGCGAUAUAUACCUCAUCAGUGGCAUCCAACAAAUCAGGGACGAUCUCCAGCAUCGUCUCCAACAUACUUGCACUGCCGGAUGCUGCCGCACGGCAACACGAGUCCUUACAGGAGCCGCACAGUCAAUACACCCUACCUGCUGCCUACCUGCUGCAAAGUGCAAAGGGGUGCGACCAUCCUGUCAGACGGACAACGAUGCCACGCGUCACCCAUUGGCAAUUCAUUGCCAUCUUCACCUUGGUCUGAGCUUUCAGCAAGUCCUUCCCGCCCCACUGGAUGAAGUUCUCAACAAGAUGAGCUCCACCGCCUUUCUCCGCAACGCAAUGGAGUGGUGUUCUGCCGUACUGUAGACACCGCAAGGAGGCAGCAGUGACGACGCGAGUCGGCGAACGAGGAGACUGAGCGUAAUUGUCCAGCGUCUCCCUGAUCCUUUCUCACCCUCACCGUGUCCUGAGCUUGCAGCAGGUCCUUUCUGCCCCACUCGAUGAAGUUCUCAACAAGAUGAGUUCCGCCGCCUUUCUCCACGACAACGUGAAGUGGCGUCUUGCUCCCUUCGCGCUGGAUACACAGCAGGAGGAUCCGCAUGAAAGGAGAAGCGAUGAGUCGGGCAGUCAUGAUUUCCUCUUCAGAUGACGAUGACCCUCGACCAUGAUACCUCAUUUCUCAGUUUGAGCAGGUGACGCCGGUUGUGCAGCAGGACCUCGAAGACCUCUACUGUUGUCGGCGUGUAUUUGUCCACACUGUUAUCUGGAAAGCACACACGAACUUUGUGACUCCACAUGUACAUGGCGUGAGACGAUGCAUACGCGCAGCCAGGUGGAUGGCAGAUCUCCAAGACUGAGAGAGAGUUGAAUGCUCCCAGUAACCAGUCGUCAGUAUUCUCUCCGCUUGACCAGUCGGCAGACUGGCAAGAUCCUUCCGCAACUGUUCCAGCUCUGCUGUGUUUGCGAGGCCCAAGGCUGCUGUUCUGACCCUGCGUCUGAGCGUUUUGGUCGCUUCGUCUUCCUCGACGGCAGGGGCACCCACCAGGGGGACCUGCGGAUGAAGAGACACAAAUGACAGCACUCAUGAGUUGCUCGACAAAGUGAACAAGGAAGCGGAUGGACCUCUUCGAGGCGUCUCGGUGCCGGAGGGAGCUCAUCCUUGACAUCAGCCAGCUGCAUCUUCAUCAGCCCCUCUUCCCCUGGAUGGCUGGGCUCCAGAAGCGGUAUCUGGUCACUCGAGGCCGACGCCGCCCGACGAUACGCCGCCGUCAUCUGCAAUGCCACCGGCGUGAACAAUUACAAUGGCAUUGCAGGCUGACCUCCAUGUUGCCUGUCUCUCCGUGAUUGAUGGGACUCAGCGCAAUGGCGUCAUCAUCCUCUGAACACGGCAGCUGAGUGUAGCACCAAUCACGAACAAGGCCCGGGGAGGGUGGCUGUCUCCUGGCGUCUCUCGAGCUGUUGUGCUCACGGCCCUGAACACGUGGGCCGUGCUCACGAGCGCUCCCUGGCCACAACUCCAACAUUCUCCCCACGCUCCCCCCUGCA